AUGCUCUUCAUUUUUAUAUUGAAUAAUUUCUUUUUUCCUCAGGCUUCUUCGGCCUCCCUUUCUUACAUCGUCGACACCGCAUCUUCCAGAUUUUCGCCUCUUCCCGAUCAAGGGCAAGGCGGUGAUGUUGGCGGAUCAGCUAGUCUAGGCUCUUUUUCUUCUACAUCACUCAAUAAAACACCAGUUUAUCCUCCUGAAAAGAUUUAUUUUACCUUGGAAAGUUGUAUCAUCACUUGGAACGACUCUUUGACAAGUGGCAUCUCCUUUCCUCUUGGGCCAGGGUUAAUUCAACAACCUGAGUCAUCAGGCAACUGUUGUGUACUCAGUCCUUCGGUCUAUCCCUCUGUGUGCCAGAUUGUCAGUACCUCAUCCGGGGAGCGCACCGUCUGUCAAUUAGUAUUCCCCGAUCGUUUAACUGUACCUACUCGGCUUAUUCCAGCUUCUACAUCCUCAGGACAAUCGUUCGCAUCUCAUAUUUCUCACGCUGUCAAAAAGGUCUUUGGAAUUUUCAAUUUGUUCUGCUAA